GCCCCCACCUGCCCAGCACCAUGAACCGCAGCAGCAGCAGCAGCACAGCUGAGAAGGCAGUGAGGACGCUGCUCUGGGGCUGUGAGCUCAAUCAGGAGAAGCGAACUUGGACCUGGAAGCCCCAAGUGGAGGGGAAGGAGAGCUGCAGGCUGUGGCUCAACACGAUCUGCCUGGGGGAGAAAGCCAAGGAGGAGGUGAACCGGGUGGAGGUGGUGCCUGGAGCCGGCCAGGAGGACAGGAAGGCGUCGCCUGUUACCAUUGCCUCCCUGCAGGCCUCCGUCCUGCCCAUGGUCGCCAUGGUGGAUCUGGAGCUGUCUCCUCCCAUCACGUUCCAGCUGCGGGCAGGCUCAGGCCCCGUGUUCAUCAGUGGUAAGGAAUGUUAUGAAACUUCAGACCCAGACUGGGAAGAGGAAGAAGAGGGAGAGGAGGAGGAGGGGGAGGAGGAGGAAGAUGAGGACUAUGACGAUGAAGAGGAGGAGGAGGACAUCUCCCUAGAGGAGAGCCCUGUCAAACCAGCCAAAAGGCAGGCGCCUCUGAAGCAGUCGAGUGUUGCUAAGAAGAAAAAGCUGGCGAAAGAGGAGGCGGCAGUGAGGUAA